AAAAAAAAAAGGAAAAGAAAAAAAAGCAAAAGGGAAAUUCUGGGCAUCCCUCUUCAUUGAUCAAGCUAAAUUGAAAUUCCCAACAUUGCAAAACCCUAACCAAAUCUGAUCCAAUGGAGGAAGAACCAGUGGAUGAAGGACUUCGUAGCAGGCGAAAGCUAGUCCAGUCGACUCUUUUUCCGAACAGUGCGAAGCAAAUUCCAGUUAAAGGUGGAGCUGAGGAAGCUGAAGAAAAGAGAGUAGAUGAAGAAGUAGAAGAGGAUGAGGAAGAAGUGUGGUGUGCCAGCCAAGAAAACGGGAAUAAGGCGAAAGCGAAGCCGAAAAAGAAGAGAAAUUCCAAGGCGACAACACCUCAGACGAACACAAGAGCUUCUAAGAAGGUUGCCCUAAAUGGUAAAGAAACUACCAGCAAGGAAAUGCCUGAUGGAGACUCUCCAGUUAUUGUCAAAAAUGAUUUCUUUCAAAAGCUUUCAGUGAGAAAGAAUCAGAAAAGACAGCAAAAUGAGCAGCUAAACAUCGGAUCACCUGAAAAGAUCCAAAAAUGUUGCUCGCCUCCUGAGUUUACUGCAAAUAAGAAGACUCCUCGGUCGAAGAAGAAGCUUGCUAGAUCAACACCAGAGAAAUGCCAACUGGAUAUUAAAGCAAGAAAAAACAUGCUGAGCGGUGGAUCGACAGAAGCAUGUUUGGUUCCACGUAACCUUAUGCAGGAUGAAUCAAUGUCACACUCGAUUCCUGAUCUCCGAAUGGAGGCUAAAAAGACAGCUGAGGAGAAUUCCCGUAGAUAUGCGGGAAAACAAAUACAUCCUUUUUUUCAAUCUUUGAAAAUGGGUAAGAAGAGCCAAGAAGCGAUUGAUGUGGAGAGUAACUGGUACUCUUCUGAGGGAGAGGGGAGAAGCCUUACGUUCAGCCCUAUUCAUGUAUUUGAAGGAGUUACGGAGGAUGAAACUGCCUUUGAUUGGGGUCACUGGAUCUUUUCUGAAGCUUGUUUUCUUGAUGCUGAUGUUGCGCUAGAAUGUGGAAUCUCUUCGCUCUCUGAAGGUUCCGUCACCCCUCUGCAAUUCGAUAACUUUUCUUGCAUCUCUUAUCCGAACAAAACAUUGUCACACCAAAACAAGAUUGCACUGGAUCAGCAUGCUAUUUCACAAGAUGAAGCGGUUUCUGAUCAUUCGUCUAGAGAAACAAAAUUAUAUCAUUCAGCAUUAUCCAUAGUUGCUGAGGAACAAGUCAGCCAGUCCGAGCAGCUAAAGAAUGCGGCAGCGGCAAAUGUAGUGGACGCCUUCCAAAUUAACCUUAACAGUUCAGAUAUCAAGAAGGAAGAUAGAUUUCUUCAAGAAAGGAUAGUGUUUGACUACCAAAACUGUCCGAGUCGGCCCAAAAGUUGUCUAUGGACAAACAAAUAUCAGCCUGAGAGAGCUUUUCAGGUAUGUGGUAAUAGCGAGCCAGUGAAACUUUUAAGUGAUUGGCUGCAUCUUUGGCAUGAAAAAGCUUCUCGCACAAGCAAAUCAUGCAUUCAUAGUGAUAGCGGUACUCUUCAAGACUUCUCUGACAGCCUUUAUGAAAGUGAAGCUGACUCUACAAAUGAAGAACAGCUGAAGAAUGUCCUCCUGGUAUCUGGACCAGUUGGGAGCGGGAAGUCGGCUGCAAUUUACGCCUGUGCUAAAGAACAGGGAUUUCAAAUUAUUGAGGUUAAUGCAUCAGAUUGGCGAAACGGUGCUCUAGUAAAACAAAGAUUUGGGGAGGCUGUAGAAUCCCACUGGCUUCAACGGAUGCAAAAAGAUCCAGUGUAUUCGGAGGACAAAGUAGUGUCUGGAGGUGGAGUUAUUGAAGCGAUACUUUUGUCUGAUGAGGAAAAUGCUCCAAAUGCCUCUGGAUUACAAAGAAAACAAGUCUGCAGGGAGGAGAUAACUACUAAUCAUCAGGGUGAAACUAAGACUCUAAUCCUUUUUGAGGAUGUGGAUACCGCUCUUUGUGAAGACCGUGGUUUUGUCUCUACCAUUCAACAACUUGCGGAGACUGCAAAGCGACCCAUGAUAUUAACUAGCAACAGUGACAACCCGGUGCUCCCAAACAAUCUAGAUAGGCAACAGUUGUGCUUUGUGAUGCCAGCUUUGAAGGAGCUCCUUGGACUUGCGCACAUGGUUUGUGCUGGAGAACAAGUUAAAAUUCACCCGAUGCUGGUAGAGCAGUUUAUAGAUCAUUGCCGUGGAGAUAUUCGUAAAACUAUUAUGUAUCUCCAGUUCUGGUGUCAAGGCCAAACUUUGGAGAAAGGUGAUGACCUGCAGCUACGAUAUAGUCCUCUUCAGUUUGAUCUAGAUGCUGGUCAUCUGCUACUACCAAAAAUUAUCCCUUGGGAUUUCCCAUCUCCACUAUCGGAACUUGUGGAUGAGGAGCUAACUAAGUCGAUGAGAACAGAAGAAGAAAGAUACUGGAUAAACGAUAAAGCUGAGGAAGACGAGCUAAACAAUAUUACAGAAAAGAACAAUUUUAGGAACGAUAUGGGUGCAAACAGUGUUGAUGGAAAAAAGGAUGCAAUGUUGAGCUUGCUCUACUCAUUUCAGGAUCACAAUGAGUGUACUAUGUUCGGUACUAACUCAGAAUUUUCUGAUGCCUCCGAAUCACCAAUUGCAUUCACUCGAAGAAAUACUUUAAGAAAACUUGAUAGAGUCAUGACUUCAGAUUCUGAGGAUGACUGUAGCAGAGUUCCCAUAUCGUUAGAUCAACCUGAUACCAGAAAUGAAGAGAUUGAAACAGCAUGCAGUUCUCCCUCCCAUUUUUCAGCCACUGAAAUCUCCUGCAGUUUAUCAACAGAGAAUUUUCAUUUCAAAACAAAAAGGUUGAAAAGAAACUAUUUGGAGACAACUGAUUAUUCUACUGCGAAUGUCGUAAGCAAGUCUGUGGACAUUUCCUGUGUGCCAGAGCCAUCAUUCAUCGCUGAGACUCAGCUUACUAUUGAUUCAGAAGUAAUUUCAAGUACAGAGUCAUAUAAUGAUGUUGAUGUCAAAGUUGAGGCAAAUUAUUGUAGCAGUCUGUCCCUUCCAAGUAUGUAUCCACUCAAGGUUGAGAAACUUGAUGAAAUGGUUCUUCUAUCUUCCGAGUAUCAGGAAUUGCAGGGUUGUAGUUCUGAUAGAAUAGCAAAAUCAAUUCCUGGAGAGGUUGGUAGUUCUGAUAGAAUAGCAAAAUCAAUUCCUGGAGAGGCCGUGGAGCAUUUUAACGGACAAUGCAUGGAGGACGUUCCGAGUGGAUAUCGGGUGUUGGAUGAAUGUAGCCGCAUGGACUUCAGCAAAAGUUCUACAUCCUUAAAGACUACUGUGCAGCUUAACCUGAAUACUUCUGUACAGGACACAUGGAGAAGACUUCGUGAAGGUUACCUGGACCUGAAACAGUAUAUCACCCCAGAGCAAAAACAAGCUUCUCAAAUUCUUAAUGUUACUCAUGAAAUGAGUGAUUUAAUUUCAGUGGCUGAUUUAUUACUUACUGAUUGCCAACACCUCCUAUACGAUUCUUUGGAGCCUUCAAUGAUCCCUAUGGAAGAAUCACGUUCAUAUAGCUGGCAUGAUGACCAGUUGCAGAUAUCAUCAAUUAUCGCUCAACAUGGAGUUUGCUUUUUUGCUAAUGAAAUUGCUUCUCUAGGACCGAGCACUUCAUCUGUCUAUCAGGUGGAUUUGGCCUGGGAGAUGUUGGCAUCCACAAACAGUACAAUGGCUCUGGGAAAGAUGGUUGGACAGAGUAGGGAAAAACAUGAGGAUUUACAUUUAAGGCUACCAAGAAUCUGUCAUUCCUUUAGAAGCAAAUUGGACCCUAAUGCAUAUGACUUACUUCAAUCUGUUGUUCCCUUGCGCUCACGCAUUGCACUGAAAGGUGAUUCAUUUCAUGAAUAUCUGUCUUCAUUGAGCCAAAUUUCAAGAUUUGGAACCAGCCGGUUAGCGGAAAGCACUGAUAGGAGAAAACAGAAAAGGCGACGUGCUGCUCAACACUACCUGAGUUCUGGUAAAUUAACUUUGUCUCAAGAUGAUGUCUCAUUACUGGGCCAAUAUAAUUGCUACCAGAAAGUUUCACCAGAGUCAGAGACUUGAUGUACAUAUAAUUUAGUAGAGAUGGAUCCUCCUUCCCACCACCCACAAAUGAAAUGGGAUGGGGAGGCCAUGUAUAAUUAAUUGUUGUUUCUGGUAAGUGCCAUGGCUAGGCAGUAGUUAAAAUGCCUGAAAGCGUGCACGACAAAGAUAAAGGUUUAGGAAUAGGCACACUAAUUUAAUUGCAGAAUGUAGUCCAGUUAUUCCUUUAUUUUAAGUCAUACGGAGUCAUGUACCCUGUCAAAACUGUUCAGUUUUACAGUGAGUAAAUUCAAUAAAUGUUGCAAAAAAAUCAAUAUGAGUCCAUGUAUUACACAAGUUUGACAUUCUUAUCCUAGUUCCUGAUGAUGUAUCAA